AUGAAAUCUGCUAAUUUGAUAUGCUCACCACAUGGAGAUGAUAGGGAUGAUUCAGCACCGUCAGGAUUUCUGAGAGAUCACCUGGACGCUCCUGGAUUCUUUGCUGAGGACAGCAGUAGUAGUUCAUCUGAAACAGAUGGCUAUGAAAUGCUGGGAAUUGAUGGUGAGAUAGUGUGUGAGGAGUCACAUGUGACUUCUGAUGAUGAGAAUGACGCUACUGAUAGCGAUGAAAUGGAAGAACUCAGUGCUGAAAUACAGCAAUCUGAGUCAUCAACAACUGAUGAUGAGGAUGUUGAGAUGUUGAAUAGCGAUGACUUGGUUGAGUUGAGCUCUGAAAUGGAGAUGAAAGAGUCAUCUUCAUCUGAUGUUAUAGAUGUUGCUAUCGUGGAUAGCGAUGACUUAGUUGAGUUGAGCUCUGAAAUGGAGAUGAAAGAGUCAUCUUCAUCUGAUGUUGAAGAUAUUGCUAUUGUGGAUAGCGGAGAAAAGGGAGAAUUGAAUACUGAAGUAGAACCAAUGGAAUCAAACAUGAUUCUUGAUAAAGAAGAGGUUCUCAUGAAGGGUAGUGGUGGAAGUGACCAUUGGUACUUCGAGAUAGAUUUGAGAGAAAAGAAACUUCUGGCCAAAUCCAACAAAAUAAAGGAGUCAUUGAACAUUGUUGUUGGAUUACAGAGAUGCGGAGAUGUUUCUCGUUUGACGAAAAAUCUGGAGGAAAAAUUGGCUCAAAACCCAGAUUUUGCCGAGAAAAGAGAAAUGGCCAGAAAGAAAGAGAAGAAAGGUUUCCGCUACAUUCUGAGACGCCUAUUUUCUGGGUGUUUCACACGGAAAUAAACUGCGUGAACCCAAAAUUAAACAUACCACGAUUUAAGACGAUAUAUCCCGACUGUGACAUCUCCCGACUCUGUGACUCUAAACUUCGAUAUUACCCAAAUAAAGACUUACCUAAACUAGACAAAAGUUUCCGAAUAUGUGACUAUGAGAGUAUGAAGCAGCGACUGUAAAAGUACUGAAUGUAGACUCCGUUGCUCAAAUGUGAUAUUCUUAAAAUGGACUAUAUUGCCCAAUUGUGUGACUUUUAAAAUAGACUAUGCACAAUUGUGUGAUUUUUAAAUGGACAAUGCAUAAUUGGGUGAUUUUUUAAGAACACAUUUUCUGAUUUUGUGACUUUUUCUGACUGUGACAUUUCCCGAAUUAGACGACACGUCCUGAAAGUGAAUGGAAUAAGUAACUUUUCAAAGUUGCCAUUUUCUGACUCUAUGAUUUCUAAAUUAGGGAGUACAAAACUGUAUGACUCCUAAAAUACCAACUAUAUGACUACCGAAUUGCACCACCUUUGAUUGCGAAUUGUUCCUUUAUUUAUUAAAACUGAAUGUAU